CGGCCAGACCGUUCAGUGCAAACAUGGCGAAGGAAGUGGCGGACGGGGUGCACGUGCCCCUUCCCGGAAGAUGCAGCUUUUACGUGGACAGAAAAAAACGUUUCUGCAAAAUGAUCGUUGCGCAUGGGAAGACUGUCUGCGGAGAACACAUGAGCGCCGUACGUGUGCGUGGAAAGAAGAAGGCAACAGAAAACGAAUUCCGUGCCCAUUAGAUCCAAAACACACGGUGUUUGAAGACAAACUUGAAAAGCAUCUUAAGAAGUGUAAUUCCCGGGAGAAGCCAAAACCCGUUUACUUCAUUCAGAAUAUUAACGCAGGUCAGGAGGCCAAUGCUGACGCUGAUUUUAAGCAGAUUCCCUUGGCCUCGCGAUCUAAGGAGGAUCUGGCCUCUUUCAUUAAAACGCUGAAGCAAGUGACAGCUGGAUUAAAUGGUGACUAUACAGACCAGACCCUGUCCCACCCUGCUUUACAAGAAGCAUUAAGUGAUAACAAGAAUGGAGAUUCUGCUAUUAAGCACUUGAAGCAGCAGGCAUCGCUUCUUGGAAACAUGGACCGCUUGGGACUACUGGGUCCAGAUAGGUGUUUUGUGGAAUUUGGAGCUGGAAGAGGAAAGCUGUCCCAUUGGGUGGACAUUGCCUUGAGGGACGUUCGUAAUGUUCACUUUCUUCUAGUGGAAAGGGCCACCACCCGGUUCAAGGUGGAUGGAAAGCAUCAGGGCAGCACUUCGGUGUUUGAGAGGCUGCAGGUGGACAUUCAGCACCUUUGUUUAAGUAAGGUUCCCCUACUCGUGAAAGAGCGUCUUCCCGUGAUUGGAAUUGGGAAGCACCUGUGUGGCGCUGCUACAGAUCUUGCCCUGAGAUGCCUGUUGAGAGACUGCCACGUUGCAGCUGGAGAACCAUCUCCAAAGCGCACCAGGCGGGACUGUGGCUGCACCGAUCCCCCCAGCCCCGCCACGCAGCCAGAGCAGUGCGUUUCUGGGGUUGCCAUAGCCCUGUGCUGCCAUCACCGAUGUGACUGGAAACACUACGUCGGCCAGGAAUUCUUCAAGUCUCGAGGACUGGGAGCGGAGGACUUUGGAGUUUUCCAACGCAUGUCCAGCUGGGCCACUUGUGGCAUGAGGGGCCAGGCGGAGGAAUUCGAGGAGCAUGACCAAGAUGAGGAGAGUGUCCUGCGGGAUGUGGAGGGGAUUUUGACACCAAGUGAGCGGGAGCACCUGGGCCGCCUCUGCAAGUUGCUCAUUGACCAGGGCCGGGUCCAGUACCUGCGGGAGAGGGGCUACGAUGCCAGUCUGAUGUACUAUACUAGCCCGGCGGUGUCACUGGAGAACGUCGUGCUCACGGCAGUGCCAGUCAGGGGGCAGGAGGCUGCUGCGGUACUCGCAGCUGAUAACACAGACCUGGGAGUAAUCUGAAGGACAGUCCUCUAUCCUGCGGCGCUGUCAGCAGGAACACGCAGGCAAGUCGCUCUCAUACUGGGAACUUGGUGGUCUGCUUUCUAAAAAAUACAAGAUUGGAGCUGAAUUAGUGUGGCAGCACACAGACGCACGGCUCUGUUCAGAGCUCUAAAUUCUCAGCGUCCGUCAUCGGGAAGGCCAGUGAGAACACACAUAAAGGGUAUGUAGGCGCAACGCUGCCCACCUCUGCGUCUGGACUCCUGGAUGUAUGC